UCAAAGUAAGCCAAGCAUACCCCACAACAGUUUUUUUUCUAAAUUGUUCGAGUUUGCAAUCGAUUUCAUAACCUCAAAAUUCCAUCACCGUUAAUAAAAUUGUCCUUCGCAUAGAGUUCACCAUUUCAAUGGCCCGCUGCUAUCGAUCGAUAUGCUCCGACCGGAAAACCACUCCGGAUUCGAUUCUACACAAUCAACUCCCACUUAGCGCCAUCACCAGCAGCGGACUGAUGGAGAACUUUUUGAGCCGAUUCGAGGCACGAUUAAACAGCUCGUGGCAAACCGCUCUGCUUAUCAAAUGGUACGCCGUGCUAAUCAACAUGGUAGCAUUCUGCCUAGCCAUUCAUGAGAUGACAAAACAUAAGCGAGUAGAAGUAAACACCAAUAACACCGGGUCUAUGAAUAGAAAACUGCACAUUUUGACCGAGCUGCUGGUUGGAUUGUCAAACGUGUUGGCCAUUGUAGGUUUGCUACUGCCAAACGGUUCGUAUCUACUUCCCUAUCUGUUCAUCCAUCUGAUCAUCCUGGUGCUGGAGUUGCACUAUUUCGUCAUCAGAACGAUGCUUAGCUGGGCUAGCCAAAAGCCAAUGACCAACGUCGGUAGGUCAGCCAAGCGUUCAGCUUCCACAUUGCUGUUCAUUGUUUUUAAUUUACUGAUAAUGACCGGAGCGAGGUUCGCCAUCAACGUUGGACGAUUCGGUGCAACGGCGACAUGAGGUGUAAGUGACUACGGCCAAAACCUGCACGGGCGAACUAUUGCGCACACAUUUCGGAUACAGUUUGAACCACACCGGUGUAUAACCAUUCGGUGUCUGUUGCGUCACCGGAAGACGGCAGAGAUGCGGGCUGGUGCUAUGAUGGCCCAUCUAUUGUUGAUUUGGAAUUAAUUUAUU